AUGGCGGGGGCGGCGGAUCGUGCGCGCGAUGCGUGGGACGGCGUAGACCUCACGCCCCUCGUGCGCCUCGCGCAGGACGAGCUAAGCCGCGCGCUGGAUGUGAUUUCAGAGGCCAAGACCCUCUUUAUGGACCCCGAGCUCGCGGGACCGCUGGGGCUCGUGGCGGAUCUCGCUGCGCUGCGCCAGCAGGGGGUCGAGAAGAUGUUCUGGAUGGAAGAGGCCGACCCGGACACGCGGCCGGUGCGUGUGCAUGCACCGACACGGCACCUUCUCUACCUGUGCCGACCCGAGACGCGCUGGAUGAAGACGCUCGCAGCCCACUACGUGGCGGACAUGGCAGCGUCGCCCGAGGGCCAGACGCACUAUGUGUACACGGUAGCCUUUGUGCCGCACCGCACCGAGCGGUGCCUGCAUUAUCUGCGCGAGCGCAGCCUGCUCCCGGCCGUGCGCGUGCACGACUUGUGUCUCGAGUUCACUGUGCAUGGUCCCGACGUGCUGAGCCUCGAGGACCCCGGCGCAUUUGCGGACCUGUUUCUGCACGGCGACCACACCGCCCUCUUCCACGCGUCGCAGGCGCUCAUGACGCUGCAGCGCAUGUGGGGCCUAUUCCCGCGCGUCGUCGGCAAAGGCGACUUGGCGAACCGGCUGUGCGACUUGCUUGUGCGCCAGCGGCGCGAGCACCUCGCGUCGGAGCCGUGUGCAUCGCUGUCCGCUGCAUCGCCACAGAUUGACGCACUCAUCGUGCUGGACCGCACCGUGGAUCUCGUGACGCCGCUCUGCACGCAGCUGACGUACCUGGGCCUGGUGGACGAAGUGCUGGGCAUACACCACGGCUUCGCUCAUGUCGACGCCGCAUGGGUCGGCGGCACCGGUGCGCCGCGCAAGGUGCGCAUGGACGGCACAGACGACACGCUACUCGAGGCGCUGCAGGACGACAACUUUGCCGUCGUGGGCGAGAAGCUGCAUGGGAUCGCGCAGCGGAUCAGCCACGACUACGAGGGCCGGCACAGCGCGAGCACCGUGCAGGAGCUGCGUGCGUUUGUGAGCCGCCUUGGCUCGCUGCAGACGGAGCAUGCGAGCUUGCGCCUACACACGAACAUCACAGAGCACCUGCUGCAGAUCACGCAGUUGGAGCGCUUCCACCGCGUGCUCGAGAUCCAGCAGAACUUGGUCGCUGGCGCGCCCGUAGCGCCGCAGCUGCAGGCCAUCGACGAGCUCAUGGACUUGGGUGCGCCUGCCCUAGAUGUGGUGCGACUUGCAUGCCUUGCCUCGUACGUGCACGGUGGCGUGAAAGCGGCGUGGCUCGAUACGUUCACGACCACCGUCGUGCACAUGUACGGCUACGCCUACCUCCCGCUGCUGCUCGCGCUCCGCCACUUGCGCAUCCUCUAUGCGACGCCGGCAGCCAAGGGUGCGAGUGUAUCGACGUGGGCGCAGGUAGCCAAGCCCUUGCGCCUCGUGGACGACGACGUGGAUGAGAGGCACCCGCGCGAUAUUUCGUACGUGUUCAGCGGCAUGGCCCCGGGGUCGAUCCGCCUCGUGCAGAGCAUCUGCCAGCACGAGCGCACGCUCCAAGCGCUGCAACAGAGCGGCGAGCGACCCGCAGCUGCGCGGAUCGCCGGGUGGCACGACGUGGACGAGGCGAUCCUGGCGCUGCCAGGCGCCACCUUCGACGUGAUGCAGGCGGACGAGCCGCGCGGCGCGCGCGACAGCGAACGUAUCACCACCACGCUGGUGUUUUUUGUCGGCGGCGCGACGUACGCGGAAAUCGCCGCACUGCGCCUCAUGAGCCGGCAGCAGCGCACGCGCCGUUUCGUGGUGGCCACGACAGGCAUGGUCCAUGGUGCCUCGCUGCUGCGCGGGCUGAGCAACGUGGCGCUCGAUUGA